GCAAAACGUUGUCACUGCCCAUUUGCUACAUUACCCGUUCGACAUAUCCUGGUCGUUGUAUUCCUUAACGCUCCCCUGCGUGCACGAUGCUUCUGAAAGUUCUGUCCGUAUUGACGAUUGUCGCCGGCUGCGUAAUUGCCGACGACUGGAUGAAUUAUCUUAUUAUUGGACCCAAAACCGUACACUCCAAUAGUACAUUUCCGAUUUCCAUAUUAUGCCGGAAUGCCAAGUCAGACAUCCAUGUGGAUGUCAGUCUGCGACCCCGGAAAUUGUACGAAUGGGAAAGUCUGCAACCAGAUCAAUAUGCAUCAACAAAUUCUUUUGUGAUCAAAUCGGAUACGUUGAGCAAACUGGAAAUCAGCAUCCCCGAUUUAUCAAAAUACCCCGGAACAGGAGAGGGUUUUAAACUGUCGAUUAAUGGAAAUAGUUUAAGCGGCAGAUUUUACACAACUUACUCAUGGCCACUGUACAUUCGUGAACUAACUGUAGCUGAAACAACCAACAAACAGUUGGCCUUUGUCCAAACUGACCAGCCGUUGUAUAAAGCCACAGACACCGUACGCUUCCGCAUUGUCACCGUGAACGAACAGGUUUUGCCUGUUCACAUUCCACUCACCGUGCGAAUACUGGAUCCCCAGAACAACAUUGUCAAACAGUACACUAACGCCACGGAUCCUAAUGUCAAUGGAUACUUUGCCGGAGAUUUCUUACUAUCAACUGAACCGCUGUUGGGCGCCUGGACCAUCGAGGUGAGCACAUCGGACUCGCACGAUAUCCUUGGAACAAAACAGUUUUCGGUUGACGAGUAUGUUCUGCCAAGAUUUGAUGUGAAAAUACUGUCACUGGCAAAUUUUGUCACGCCUGCUGAUUCUUCGUUGACAUUCUUCGUUGAAGCAAAUUAUACAUUCGGUGAACCUGUAAAAGGCAAACUGGAAAUAACUUGGAGAAAAGGUUACGCGGGAAAUGACUUAAAUCAAAACCUAUCGAUCGCGGAUUUCAACGGACGAUCUCUUGUUACUCUACCAGUUUCUUCGCCCGUUAGCUCUCUGUACAACGGAGACAGUGAGGAUGACAAACUGGAAGUCAAGGUCAACUUCACAGAAGCACUAACCGGCCAAUCAAAAAUUGCCGCGGGCUCUGUUACCUUCAGCAAAAAAAAUUAUAAAGUAGAGCUGCUGGAUAACGCCGACUACUUUUUGCCUGGACAAAAUUAUCAAUUUCGCGUCCGGGUUAGCGAUCUGGAUGGACGACCACUUCCUCCCAGCACAAAGCAGAUCAGUAUUCAGUACUCGCUUUACGACAAACGAGGCUAUUCAGGAAAAAAGAUUAUUAUCAACAAAAACGCCAGUCUUGUUGAUACCAGCUCGGAUAGCGACGGAGGUCAGACUGGGUCGCAAUUCAACCAAGUUCUCACUCUUAAAGUUCCAGUAAACGGUCUUCUGGAUGUUGACAUCCCAACCACAAAAGAUGCCCGCAGAAUUAGCCUUAAUAUCAAAUAUAUUGACGAAGAAAAACAGGUCUCGAUUAAAGGAAGAGAAUCACCAAGCGCGAGCUUUUUGAACAUCAAACAACUUUCUAAAGAACUUAAGAGUGGAGAAACGGCAAAUUUUGGGAUCAAUAUGACAACCAGGACCAAUGAGACAAUCCAGUAUUUGGUCCAAUCAAUUUCGAACGACAGUUAUCUCUGGAGCAACUCCACCUCCGACCGCGGUUCUUACAUCGUCAUUUCCGUACCAUUAGUGGAAGCGUUGGGUCCUGAAGGCCGUCUAACGGUUUAUUAUAUCCGCGAUGAUGCUGAAGUGGUUGGAAACAUUCAGCUGUUUUCACUCGCGUCGCCGGCGAAAAGAACUGAGGUCACAGUUUCGGCCGAAGCGAAAAGCGGAUUAGGAUAUGCUCAACCCGGUGAAGAAGCGCUGUUCAAAGCCAAAACCAGCCCGUUGUCAUUCGUUGCCUUUCUGGCUAUGGAUGAAAGUCUGCUCUUGCUGAAAGCCGGAAAUGACCUUUCUUCAAGCGAAGUGAAUGCGGCUAUUGGCAAAGCAAAACCAGCAUCGUCCCCAUCUGAUAUGUAUUCCGUGAAGGACUACUUUCAGGACUAUUUUGAGAACAAGAACCCUGGACAGUUCAUAAUGACCAGUGAACACCUUCCUUCGUCACAAGAGGAACCCAUUUACUACGAUAGCGAAGAAGACGAGGUGGCAAUUGCAAGUCCGGAAAUUCUUGGUGGCCCUCAUACAGGCCGAGUUAUUGCGUUUAGCGGAACGGGAGCAGUUGCUGGUGGUGACGAAGAUAAUCAAGCGCAAGAAUCGGAACCAGUCACAUCAACGGAAGCAGUUGAGCUGACGUCGGUUGCUGGUGAAGCCAGUGAAGAAAAGAGCGCCGAUAAUUUGCAGUCUCCUACCCAAAACCGAAAAGACUUUCGACAGAGUUUCCUUUUUGAAACAGCAACAUCGAAUUCCGAUGGUUUGGCGGAAAUACAAUCCAAAGUUCCGGAUUCAGUAACUACCUGGAAAAUAACCGCUUUCAGUUUGAACAAUUCCACUGGUUUGGGAUUGACAUCCGUUCCGGCUAAACUUAAGGUUUUCCAACCUUUCUUUGCUGUCCUCAAUUUGCCCUUCAGCAUAGUGCGGUACGAAAACUUGACUGCUGAAGUCCUUGUCUUCAACUACAUGUCCCAACAACAAGAUGUCCGAGUGCAGUUGGAAAUCCGCAAUCCUGACAACACAACUGUGCGCCUGAAUAAGAACAUUGUUGCCAAACGUAGCGAAGGAGUGACCGCUGCCUUCUCCAUAAUUCCACAACAAAUUGGAGACUUGGUUCUGAAGGUGACUGUACAAUCUACGUUUGCCGCUGAUCAGCUGGAGAAAACGCUGCCGGUUAAACCGGAAGGCGUGAAGCAAUAUUAUAGUCGACCAGUUUUUAUUGACCUCCGCCAGUCAUCGAAUCUUAAUCUCCCGCUAACAUUGCCCUCCGACCCGGUUGGAAUAGUUGCCGGAUCAGACAAAGUGGAGGUUCGCGUUGUCGGAGAUAUCUUAGGUGCAGCUAUGAAUAAUCUGCAUAAACUGAUCCGACUUCCAACCGGAUGCGGCGAACAGAACAUGGCCACAACGACACCGAAUCUCGUUGUUGCAAAAUAUUUGAAACAGCUCAAUCAACUUGCCGAGCCCCAGAAGUCAAAGCUGCUAUCCAACAUGGAACUGGGAUAUCAACGAGAAUUAACUUACCGGCACACCGACGAUUCGUAUAGUGCUUGGGGGAAUUCUGAUCCAAUUGGCUCAACAUGGCUCACCGCCUACGUUGCCCGAGUGUUUUCGGAAGCAACGGAAUUUGUCCCGAUUAUCGAAGAUAAUGUUAUUGAAUCUGCUAUGCGUUUCCUAAUAAGCCAACAAAAAGAGGAUGGUUCUUUUGAGGAAAACGGAAAGGUCAUAGACAAGCAGCACCAAGGAGGAGCUUCCUCCGGUGUUGCUUUAACAGCAUUUACUCUCCUGUCACUCUUUCAGUAUCAAGAGUCCCACGAUAAGUUGUGGGGUCAGCUGGUUUCUUCAAAAGAUAAAGCCGUCGUGUUUCUGGAAUCCCAGCUCUCCACAAUAACCAACGAUUCGUACACCUUGGCCAUCACGGCGUACGCACUGGCGAAGUCCAAGAGCGCAAAGAGCGCGACUGCUCUAGACUUGCUGGAGCAGAAAAUGAUUAAGAAUACUUCGGCCGCUUACUGGACUACUGUCGCCUCGCUCUCCGAUAAAGGCGCUGACGCUGAACACUCGUAUCCAACCAAUGCCAAAGACGUGGAAGCUACCGCCUAUGCUCUGCUGGCAUUCUUGGCUAAUAAUAAGUUCUCAUCUUGUCUUCCCAUUGUUUCCUGGUUGAUCUCCAAACAAAACGCUGAAGGUGGAUUUGUUUCGACGCAGGAUACUGUGGUCGGACUGACCGCUCUUGCUGAAUUUGCCAAAGCUUUCAUUAAUCCGCCGUCCAUGCAAAUCGACAUUAACUACGACCGAAUUAAACAAAGCAUGUCGCUCACUCCAGAAACGUCAGUUGUCCUACAGACGAUGGAGCUGCAGAACAAGCCAAAAGCGCUCAAUAUGAAAGCGCAAGGCAAAGGUGUUGCGAUAGCUUACUUGAGCUGGACAUACAACGUGGCCAAGCCGGCUGAAGAUGUCGCAUUCGACCUUAACGUUACAAAGACGACUUCCACCACCGAUUUGCGAAUGGGCAUUUGCAGCAGAUAUAUUCGAGAAGGCAAAAGUAGCAUGGCGGUCAUUGAAGUGAACUCGCUUUCCGGUUACCAGUUUGAUGAGGAUGAGGUUCAUAGACUAGUUAAAACCGUUUCCACUCUUCGAAAAACCGAAAUCGAAAACAAGGAGACAAAGUUGAAUCUGUAUUUUGACCAGUUGGAACAAACGCCAACCUGCUUUAAGCUGACAAUGUACCGAAUCUACAAAGUGAAGGACCUUAAAGAUCAAAGCAUUGUUGUUUAUGACUACUACAAUCCUAAAGAAAGGCGGACAGUAUCAUAUAACCUUUAAGAGCUUUCAUCUGACUGUGUUACUCCAGACCUUAAGUUUGACCUUGUCUAAGUAUGCGUUUGUGGAGAAUUGUGUAGUACUGAGUAGCUGAAACA